AUGCGAAGAAUCGGAAGUUUGUCACGCGGUUUCUCGUCUGAAAGCAUGGUGCCUUCGCCCUCGUACACUGUGACGCCGCCACCUCGACCUCGCCAGAGUACAGAAUCACCGUUGAGUGCACCAAAGCACCAUGAGCCAGUGAAGUGCGGGUGGAUCUGCACUACGUGUAAGACCGCGCACAGGUUCAAGGAGAAGGUUAUGGAGACCCCAUGCUUUGAUGAGGAGAAGGGGCAUGCGUUGGUGGAAUCACCUCUCAUGUGCAACCGGUGCUUUACAUUGAGUGAUUCUGUGCGUGCUCUUUCUACCAAGCUGUGUCCUUCACUUCACUGUGAAGAUGAUCUUGUUGAGAAAACUGUGCCACAGGUGGUUCCAAAGCGGCCUGUGCCCCCAGUACCCAAAUUUGAGGCCAAACAGGUGCAGGAAAACAUCCAGGCUGCUGAAAAGGAGAUGCGGCGUUUGAAGCUCCUACAAAUGGUUCACUGGGAACGCCAACGCUUGGCAGAGCUGGUGGCCAAGAAGAACAAAGGUGGUAUCGACAACGUCGAUACUUUGCCCAUGUGUGAUGAGGAAAUCCAGCGCCUGGCCGGGAUCGAGGCGAGCACACCUUCACCUUCAUCGGCGCCAGUGCCAAAGCGAACCAAAGCUGGAGAUGAUAGCUCGCUACUUUCGGCAUCAACACUUGUACUUGGAGAGGUUCCAAAGCAGGAUGCUGCCAGUGCAUCGCCAGUGGCAAAGGAUGUCUCUAGCAGGGCUGUAGAGGGGAACCAAACCACUGAGCAAACGCCUGAGCAAACACUUCAGCACAUGCCUGCAAAGCACACACAGCAGCGAGAAGCAACUGACCCUGUAGAGCCACACCCACCAGCAGAAGCGGCUGAGCGUACACCAGUCCUUGAGGAGUCCGAGGUUACUGCAAAGGCUACGGCUACACAGCCAAAUUCCAAACAAGAGCCUGCAACAAACCAGCAAGUGGCCUCAGCACUCAUUGAGAGUGAGCCAUGUAUCUCACCAGAGGAGCAGAAGCGCAAUCUAGGAAAAGGUGAGCCAAAACGCAAAGGCCGCCCACCCAAAAACCCAUCUGCGGCAGCCAAGGCGAAAGCCAAAGCAAAGUCGCAGGCCAAGAAGGCAUCGAAACCAACAGCAAAGGCUAAGGCAAAGGCCAGCGCCGGCGCCAAAAAAACACACGCAAGCAAAGCAGAUUCACCUGCUCCGUCAGUCGCACCUGAAGAUGAGCCAGACAUCACAGCAGGUAGCAGCAGCGAUGCCAACGCGAAGCCAGCAUCCAACCGAACCAAGAAGCCCAGAACAUCAAAGGAGGAAGGGGAUGCCAAGCCAACACCUUCGAGCAAGCCCCAAGCAAAGUCGCGCUCAGCCAAGCCCACCAAGAAGGAUAAUAAGAACACCAAAUGCAAGGAUGACAAGAAGGCACUCUUGUCAAGGAAGUCGUGUGCCUACAAGAAGGCCCGCAGAGAAGCUCUACAAUCGGGUAAGACGCCAGAGGAAGCCAACUCAGCUGCCAAAAAAGCAUACGCUGAGACCAAGUGA